AGAGAGAGAGAGAGAGAGAGAGGAAAAUGGGUGGACGGAAAGUCCCCGUGUGGAAAUCCCCUUGACUUGGGCUUUUUUUUUUUUUUUUUUUUUUUAAACUAUCAAUAGCAGACGUGUGUACUCUUUUGAAAGGCUUCGCAAGCUGUGAAGGCUCCAAAAUAGAUCUGAUACUAAAGGAAAGAGAAGGUUGAAUGGCGCCGAGGACCGCUGCGGUGAGACUGAGUGAAGUGGCUCAGAGAGAGGACUAGCCUGAGCAUCCGGGUGGGCUUUGUUAUUAGCCCCGACAUAUUACACAGUUUCCACGUUGUUCCCUCAGCAGUGGUUGGUGCCUGCCCUCCUUUCCUUCUCCUCGUUCCUCUUCCUCCCCUCCUUCCAUCCACCUGGCCACUCAUCCGCCAUGUCGCAGGGUCAGAACUUCCUCCCCAAAUUUCUGUUUGUCUCCAACCUGCUGAAGGCCGUGAAGAUCCGUCAAAGAGUGCCCAACGACGUGGUGAAGCCGGCUGCCACCAGUGGUCUGAUGCACCACCUGCGGGGUACGCACCGUUACACGCUGGAGAUGAUAGCCAUGAACCACUUCCCACAGGCCUUCAGGGAGGUUGUGCAGGCCGCCAUCCUGGACCGAGCCAUGCAGGCCUCUUUGGAGCAGGAGAAGAAGCUCAACUGGUGUCGGGAAGUAAAGAAAAUGGUCCCCUUACGCACCAAUGGAGAUGGAAACUGUUUGCUCCACGCGGCCUCUCAGUACAUGCUGGGCGUUCAGGACACAGACCUGGUACUUCGGAAAGCCCUCCAUGGUGUUUUGAAAGAGACAGACACUGGCGUCUUUAGAGCUCGCUUUCAGGCAGAGCUCCUCCAGUCCCAGGAGUUCACCCAGACCGGACUCCGAUACACCACCAUGAACUGGGAGGAGGAGUGGGAAAAGAUUGUGAAGAUGGCGUCCCCGGUCUCCAGUAGUAACGGCCUCCAGUUUGACUCUCUGGAAGACAUUCACAUUUUCGUCCUCUCCAACAUUCUCCGCAGACCCAUCAUUGUCAUCGCAGACCAGGUGGUCAGGAGUAUGAAAUCUGGCUCCUCCAUCUCACCUCUGAAUGUGGGUGGGAUUUAUCUGCCGCUACACUGGCCGCCCACAGAAUGCUACAAAUACCCAAUAGUGCUAGGCUACGACUCGCAGCACUUUGCACCCCUCAUCACCAUCAAAGACAGUGGUCCAGAAAUCCGAGCAGUACCGCUGAUAAACCCAGGACGAGGGGGCUUUGAGGAGCUGAAGGUUCACUUUUUAAUGGAGAAAGAACAGCAACAGAAAGAGAGGCUUCUCAAAGACUACCUGCUAUUGAUAGAGAUCCCUGUCAUAGGCUUAGGCUACGACGCCACACGGAUCAUCAAUGCUGCACGGCUAGAUGAGGGCAACCUUCCCGAAGACAUGAACCUGAUGGAGGACUACCUGCAGCUUGUCAACCAUGAGUACCAGCGCUGGCAGGAGGACAAGGAGCAGGCAUGGGCUGCCCAGCCGCAGCGCCCACCACCCUUCUCCGUCUCCCAGCUCUCUCUCAUCGAGAUCCGUUGUGCCACACCACGAUGCACCUUCUAUGUUUCUGUGGAAACCCAGCCUCAUUGCCAUGAAUGCUUUGAGAAGCGACAGGCCACUACUGGUGGAGGAAUGAGGAUAGAAGGGGUGGUGCAGACCAAGGGAGGAGGGGUGCAAGGUGGGGUAGGAGUGGUAGGGGGAUCAGAGACUGAGGUUAGCUCCAGAGGAGCCCGAAGCAGCAGUCCCCCAUCCUCCUCGUCUGGGAGAGUGGUGGUGAUUUCCAGCCCUCGCUCAGCCCCACCCACCGCACCCAGCCUCAGCCUGUACAGUGAAACUCAUGCCAUGAAGUGCAAGACACCCGGCUGCCUCUUCACCUUAAGUGUGGAGCAUGAUGGACUUUGCGAGCGCUGCUUUAACUCCAGGCAAAACCAUGGACCCCCUGGAGCUGGAACAGCUGCUCCAGGACUCCCAGGCCCCAAUGGGGGGGCUCCAGUCCCACACCCAGCCCAGGGCUCUGGCUGGACGCAGUGGGGUGGCUGCGAAACAGAGACAGAGCGCUGCAGUAUGUGCAGACAGGAGGCGUUCAGGAUAUUCAAUGGCCUGUGCCCACCCUGCAUGCAGCGAUCGCAGCCUCCAGAGAGGGGAGAGCCACAGCAGAACAACCCCAGGACUGAGGCUACGUCUUCAGCUUGGACCCAGGCCCGGGACACUGAGCGGCCGUGCCUCACCCUAACCCCAGGGCACACCUCAGCCUGGCAAGCCCCUUUGGCCCGGCCUUGUAAAAGAUCUGGGUGCCAGUUCUUUGGGACGCCAGAGAAGUUGGGUUUCUGCACUAUUUGCUACGUAGACUAUCAGACCAACCACCACCUGACCCCUCCCCCUGCCCCAGUCCAGAGCCGGCAUGGUGUUGAGGCAGGUUUUCAGAACACCUCCCGGUGUCGUGGGCCUGGGUGUGGUGCAGUUGGCAAGGCAAUGUUGGAGGGCUACUGCGACAAGUGCUACGUCAAAGAGCAAAGCACACGGCUCAACCAAGUUGCACAUCGCACACCACACUCCCCUCCUCUGGUCAUGCGUGACCGAGCAGCCAAACCCAGAUCUUCGCAGCAAUCCCAGACACAGACCCAAACUCAGACUCAGACUCAGUGCCGGCGGAGUGGAUGCAGUAAUGUGUCCCCGGGUUGCACAGACCUCUGCCCAGAGUGCCACACACGUGGCCAGGGCAGAGAGGCAGGCAGAAGGGCACAGGCACCUAAGGAAAAGUCCAAGCAGCGUUGCAGGACGCAGGGCUGUGACCACUACGCCAACCAAGAGAAACAGGGCUACUGCAACGAGUGUGAUCACUUCAAACAGAUCUACCGCGGCUGACCACAUGCUCUCCCACGCACGCAACUAAGAUGACACAUCAGUAGCAAGCUAGAGCCGCUGCCCUGUUGUGGGCGCCCCAUGCCAGUCAAUGCACCUCUGAUACUAACUAACCAAC